AUGGCACUGAAUAAUCACUCGUCUUCCAGGAGGCUACGGGUGUUGUCGCUGGAUGGCGGGGGAGUUCGUGGUUUAUCUGCGCUUCACAUUCUACGGAGACUAUUAUGUAUGAUCAACGAGGAGCUCUAUGGCACGAGCGAGCCCAUGUUACCACAACACGCAUUUGAUAUUAUUGUUGGCACAAGUACUGGAGGCUUAAUUGCAUUGAUGAUCGUGAAGUUGGGAAUGACAGUGGACGAGUGUAUCGAGCAAUAUGAAUCACUAUCCAGGAAGAUCUUUGGCAAACCCCAUCUCAUAGGAAAACGAACAGGCGGGUUUGGGACCACGAAAUAUUCAGGUAGGAGGAUGCGUGAGCUCGUUGUUGAGCUCAUCCAAUCGAGGAAUAGACCAGCCGACUACAAGAUGGAGGACACAAGCGGACAUCCAGAUCUUCUUUGUUCUGUGGUUUGCCGAGAGCUUGAGAACAACUAUACCAGAGCACGACGGGGAGAUGCCGUCUUCCUUUGCAGUCACAAGUGCAGAAAGAGACCUCUCAACACCAAAACAUAUCACGAAUGUGAAAUGGCGGACGCUAGCCGUGCGACUUCAGCAGCACCUACAUAUUUUGAUCCGGUACGGAUAAUGAGGAAGAUUCUGGUCGAUGGAGGAUACGGAGAGACGAACAAUCCUUCACAAGACGCGUGGCAGCACUAUACCGAGCUAAAGGAGAUUCUCCAUACUGAUCGAGUACGAUGGGUAAACAUCGGCACAGGCACUUCCAAGGACCAAUCUUUACCACCCAAAAGAGCAUGGAAGGAUCUGUUAUUGCCCAAAUACUUUCAGAACAUUAUGCACACGCUCCGUGAUCUUGAGAAGAUCGCGACGGAUUCGGAGAACACUGGGGUCUCUAUGCGCCUGAUCUCAAACAUGGACAGAUCGCAAUUGGAUUUUUAUCGUUUUAGUGCAACAAACGGAGUACACAAAGUUGCUCUCGACGACUAUCUCACAAUCGACAAUAAAGAGCUGGAACGAUUGACCUUGGAAUAUAUUAAGGAGCCAGAAGUUGAAGAGGGGCUGAGGGCUCUCUCUCGCUUGUUAGCCGCCGACUAUGGCGAAAAGAGCCGGGUCAGACGAGCUACAUUGGAGGUUCAGUAUCCGCAUUUGGCACCCAAGCCUUCCUCAAUACGACAGCUUGUCACAGGUGAACAACCAGAGUAUCUGGAUCUCCUUUUUCCUGGAACAGGUGUGCCCAGCAUGGCUGGUGCCUCGGAGAUCACUGCAGAGAGUUCGAAUGCGGAGGAUACGCCUAAAUCGAGGAAUGCUAUGCUAAAUGGUGCUAUCUCGAUGGUGCCUACUCAGAGUGAUAGUACCGGCGUUGGUGAUCAGUUCAAGACUCCCAAUGUCGAUGCCACCGAGAUUGGUCCUCCAACUAGAUCAUCUACAGCACCUGCCAGAGUUUGA